GUAUCCUGCAUGGUCUGGCUGACACGCGUGAUGAUGCGUGUUCUUCAAGCCUCGUGGCUGAUUCGCCUUUACUUUCGUUGACUUCCGUUUACUUUCUUGGACUCCUCCCUCGCCCAUAUCGCUGGGGCGCCUUUAAAAGCGCGUCGGGAUUCGAGCGCGCUUAGGCUCACUCUUAGGCGGCUGUAACUCCCAUCUUCUGCAGUAUACUCAACUCUUAGGCGCGCUACUAUGCCAGGGGUCGCUGCCCCAAUUAACCGUCGCUAAUGUGGUGUGGAGAGUCUUUAUAUAGGGGUCGUAUCCUAUAGGCAGGAUUAGCGGCGCGCCGUCUUCCUCUACAUCGCAAUCGACUAUGUCGGCGGCGGGAGAGGGUUUAGCGGAUUUUGCACGCGGGAACACGGAAGAAAAGGCGGAAUGGAUCGCGGAAGGGAAGGUGGAAGGGGUGACGGAGGGGAAGGCGGAAGAGGAAGCGGAGGGGAAGAGCUCUAUUGCGGCGGACGCCCGAAGGAAGGGGACUGGCGGAGGCGGAAAGCAGGGGGAAGGGGGGAGAGGGGGGAGGGUGAGGGAAGGAGAUGGGGAGGAGGAGGAGGAAGAGGAGGAGGGGAUGGGGCGGCAGCAGCUGGAGGAGCUGUACCGGCACCUGAGGCAGCCCAGGGUGAUUCUCAGAAAAGAAGCCUCAAUCGCCCAAUGGAUUGCACCAGGGUGCCUAGAGCCAGAGCCAGAGCCAGAGCCAGAGCGUGACGCGCCCCUGCUGCUGUCAGGCGUGCAGGUCUUGCAGGAGGCUGAAAGGAGUCUAGGUUUGAAGCGCUUUGAGCCAGAGCGCUUCAAAACUACGCAGGAGGCGCUGGCUCAAGGCGGCCCUGCACUGCCUUUGAACGCCUCUCAUUGUGCAGCAGCCAGCCCAACUCUCUGUGUGGCGGAGGUGUUGCUGCAGCGCGGAAAGUGGUGGGGCAGCACGGGGGUCGUGAGGAACCAGCGGCUGCUCUGCCACGUGGAAGAAACCCUAUUCCUCAUGGAAAAGGGCUCUCUGCUUCUCCUCUCCCCAUCUGGUUGCCCCGUCCCCAUUCAAACUCUCUACCACACGCUGCACUCCCCCCUCCUCGGCUGCUCUCUCAACGCCUACCUAGCCUACGCGCACCUGCGUAGGCUCGGGUUCAUUCUGGCUCGGCACGGCGUGCCCUGGACCCGAACCGCACCAGCAGGCUCGGCAGCCACAGGGAGUGCGGCAAAGAGUGUGGCAAAGGGUGUGAGAUUGUGUGAGGGACAGCAAGGCAAAGAGAAGCGAAAUGGGGGAGGGGUUGAUGGGGCGAUAGGCGGAGGAAGGAUAGACACAGUAGAGGAAGAUGUGGGAGGGGGUAAUAGAGAGAUCGGUGGAGAGGAGUCGGGGGAAGAGGCGGGGGAAGAGCUAAGGCCCGUGUUCGAUGUCUUCUUUCCCAAUGCACGCUUCAGAAAGUCGCUUCCUGGCCCACCGGAUUUCCUACUAUCCGUGGUGGAUUCACGGUCCGCCUUUCCUUCACUAGCGGCCAUCAAGCACCUUCUGGGGCACUCCUGUGCGCCCUCAGUGCACAGGAGUACACCCCAGUCCACAGGCUCAGAGAAUCCAGCAGCUACAGUACCAGUCAAAGUGGCUUGUGUCAGAGAUGGUUACGUUACCAUAUUUGACAUCUCGCCAGUGACACUACCAGUGUUGACAUGAGACUUAAAGCAGCCGGAAGCAGGAAAGUUGCAAA